AUGUCGAUGUUCGCUAGACAGACUUUUGGGAUGCUGCGUGCGGCACCAGCGCGAAGCACCUUCCUCGCGGGCCCCCAUGCCACACGAUACGCCGCGCCCACCUUCCAAUCUCUCACCAGCCUCCGCGCGCUCUCCACCGAAGCCCGCUCGAAGAUCGACAGCGCCGUAAAGUCGAACCCCUUGGUCGUGUUCAUGAAGGGUACACCCGAACAGCCCAUGUGCGGCUUCUCCCGUGCCGUCAUCCAGGUCAUGCAGGUCCAAGGCGUCAAAUCCGACAAGCUCAAAACCUUCAACUGCCUCGAAGACCAGGAGCUUAGGGAGGGCAUCAAGGUCUAUUCCGACUGGCCCACCAUUCCGCAGGUCUAUGUCGACGGCGAGUUCGUCGGUGGUUGCGACAUUGUUAUCAACAUGCACCAAUCGGGCGAGUUGGAAGAGCUCCUUCUCAAACACGAUCUGCUUUUGCCGCUCGAGGAGACCAAGAAUGCUGCGUAA